CAGAGUCCGAAUCAAACACUCCUCUCUAGUUCCAGCUUUCCCAGGGGCUGCGAAAGACCCAGUUCCAAACCCCAGACGUUGCCGGAAUUAGGAGCAGGGUUCCUUCUCUUUCAUGGCUUCCUCUGCUAUUGCCUCCAACUCUCCUGCUUUCAUCAAGAAAGAUGUGGAUCUCUCUGCAUUUUCAUCAUCGGCAUCAUCAUUUUCCAUUCAGAAAACCAAUAAAAGAAAUUCCCGGAAAAUUGUUUCAGUCAUGGCACCCCAACAAUCGCCACGUUCUCCUUCCACCUCUGGUUCAGUAAAGACUGCAAUGACCAUGACCGAGAAGAUCUUGGCCAGGGCUUCUGAAAAACCCCAGCUGAGCCCAGGUGAGAAUGUAUGGGUAAAUGUUGAUCUCUUGAUGACCCAUGAUGUCUGUGGCCCAGGUUCUUUUGGAAUCUUCAAGAAAGAGUUUGGUGAGAAUGCAAAGGUUUGGGACCGUGAAAAGAUUGUUAUUAUACCUGAACACUACAUCUUCACAAAGGAUGAACGGGCAAAUCGUAAUGUUGAUAUCCUGAGGGAAUUUUGCACAGAGCAAAAUAUCAAGUACUUCUAUGACAUAAAAGAUCUUGGUAAUUUCAGGGCCAAUCCGGAUUACAAAGGUGUAUGCCAUGUUGCCCUUGCCCAAGAAGGUCAUUGCAGGCCUGGAGAGGUCCUCUUAGGUACUGACUCCCACACAUGUACUGCUGGGGCAUUUGGCCAGUUCGCUACUGGAAUAGGUAACACUGAUGCUGCUUUCGUAUUAGGCACUGGAAAGAUCCUGCUGAAGGUGCCUCCAACUUUGAGAUUUGUAAUGGAUGGAGAAAUGCCCAAUUAUUUGCUCGCAAAAGAUUUGAUUUUGCAAAUUAUUGGUGAAAUAUCUGUUUCUGGCGCGACAUAUAAAUCUAUGGAAUUUGUUGGCACUACUGUUGAAAGUUUAACUAUGGAAGAAAGAAUGACAUUAUGCAACAUGGUUAUUGAAGCUGGGGGAAAGAAUGGUGUUGUCCCUGCUGAUAGUACUACACAUAAGUACCUUGAGGAUAAGACAAGUUUGCCAUAUGAACCAGUUUAUAGUGAUGAGCAAGCAAGAUUUCUUUCUGAGUACAGAUUUGAUAUCUCAAAACUGGAACCUCUGGUGGCAAAGCCUCAUUCACCUGAUAAACGUGCUUUGGCAAGAGAAUGCAAAGACGUGAAAAUUAACAGGGUAUAUAUUGGAUCUUGUACUGGUGGAAAAAGUGAGGAUUUUCUAGCUGCAGCCAAAGUUUUUCAUGCUUCAGGAAAGAAGGUCAAAGUUCCCACAUUUCUUGUCCCUGCAACCCAAAAGGUUUGGAUGGACGUAUAUAGUCUCCCGGUACCAGGAUGUGGUGGCAAGACUUGCUCUCAGAUAUUUGAGGAAGCUGGUUGUGAUACACCUGCAAGUCCUACCUGUGGUGCUUGUAUGGGUGGUCCUAGAGACACAUAUGCACGCAUGAAUGAACCUCAGGUAUGUGUGUCUACAACAAAUAGGAACUUCCCUGGGCGAAUGGGGCACAAAGAAAGCCAGAUAUAUCUAGCUUCUCCUUACACAGCAGCAGCAUCUGCUUUGAGGGGUUAUGUCACUGACCCAAGAGAGUUCUUGCAGUAGGCCAAAAUCAGUGUAAAAUAGUCUCUACCCUCUGCCUUUCCAGCUUAAACUAAUGGUUGAAGUAGUGUGGUAAUAUCUUAUGGUGAAUGUAUUUUAUAAUAUUUUAAUAAGUCGUCUGAGAGAUGGUAUGUAGCCCUAUUAAGUAGUAGUAAGCAAUGGCAAGCGAAGAACAUGUUUGUUAAGGAGUGAUGUGACGAAUUUGUUGUAUCUUGAAUCGGUAGAGAGAUAAUAAACCAUGUGGAAUAUGAGCUUGGGAUGCCAUGUAUAUUUGGUUCCCAUCCUAACCCUCAAA